AUUGAGAAUAUUUUCACCUUUUCUUUUCUUUUCUUUUCUUUUCUACACAAAAACAGUCACUGCUGCUGCAAAUUUUAAGAGGAAGCGGAAAGAAAAGGAGAGAAAGAGAAAGAAAGAGACGACAGACACAGGACGAAUUCAACAAGCUUUCAAUACCACAGAAGAGAAAACGAUGUCUGAGUGCUUUACAUCCUUUCGCCCUCUGUAACUCUUAAGAGACAAGCGGAUUGAUGUGGAGAUGAUGAAGAGAUUGAUAUGGGAAUAGCAACACCGCCUCUCCCUUUGAUUCUCUCACAGCCAAAGGUUCAGAAUCAAAUUCCAAUUCCAGACAAGUUUAAUCCUGCGAAAUCUAUGUCCCAGGAUUAUCAGCAAAGUCUCUUCAGCUUCCCGAAUGGGUUCGAUAGAUCUGUGGUGACGACCCACCAAGAACAGCAGCAGCACCACAUAACUCAGCAGAUCCGGAGAGACAAACUCAGAAUUACGGGUGGGUUCGAGCAGCCACCUCCGCCGUUAGUUGGGAUCGAGGAGGAGGAAGCAGGCGCGCUUCCGGUCUAUGAAACUGGAGGUAUGUUAUCCGAAAUGUUCAAUUUCGCCCCGGCUGUUGGCGCCUCGACGGAAUUAUUAGCGCAGCGGCUACCGGGUGCUAACGAGUGGUAUAGCGGGAGGCAAAGCUUGAUUGGGGGUAAUUUGGGACAGUUAGGGGAAUCGAAGAGUCAUAAUAACCGUGACGGUUUGGCUCAACAGCAUCAACAGAUACCGAGCAUGAAUGCGGAUGCUGCCGCAAACAUGCACCUUUUUCUGAUGAAUCCGCAUCCAAGGUCACCGUCUCCUCCUCCUACCGCGGCAACUUCUUCCACACUCCACAUGUUGCUACCAAACCCGUCCACUUCCCUUCAAGGGUUUAAUGUAUCGGGACCUACCGGCGGUGCUUUCGGUUCCAAUACUGUACUAUCUCAACAUCAAUUUACAUGGGCUCCUGAUAGCUCUGGUCAUGAAGGGGGCAGCACCGGUACCCAACUCAACAACCCAAGCGAAAUUGGGGGUGUGGUUGAAGGGCAAGGCCUUUCGCUGUCGUUAUCUUCGUCGUUGCAGCACUUGGAGGCGGCCAAGGUGGAAGAAUUGAGGAUGGGAGAUGGUGGGUUAUUGUAUUACAAUCCUGGAGGGGGUUCUUCUGGUACCCAGUAUCUUUUCAAGAAUUUGGCUGGUCAUCACCAGCCAUUGCAUUUGCAAGGUGGGGGGGGUCAAAACCACCAAGUCCAAGUCGGGUUUGGGUCUUCCUUAGGAAUGAUGAACGUCUUGAGGAAUUCAAAGUAUGUCAAAUCUGCCCAAGAAUUGUUAGAGGAAUUCUGCAGUGUUGGGAGAGGUCAGUUCAAGAAGAACAAGUUUGGUAGAAACAACACAAACCCUAGUUCUAACCCCGGUAGUAGUGGCGGCGGCGUUGGAGGUGGUGGUGGUGGUUCUUCUUCAUCAACAAAAGAUUUCCUAGCUCCUUUAUCAGCAGCCGAUCGGAUUGAACAUCAAAGAAGGAAGGUCAAACUUUUGUCCAUGCUUGAUGAGGUGGAUCGGAGAUACAACCAUUACUGUGAGCAGAUGCAUAUGGUGGUGAACUCAUUUGAUCUGGUGAUGGGUUACGGCGCUGCAGUUCCUUACACUGCACUUGCUCAGAAGGCAAUGUCUCGACAUUUCAGGUGUCUGAAGGAUGCAAUACAAGCGCAAUUGAAGCAUAGUUGCGAGCUACUAGGGGAGAAGGAUGGUGCAGGGACCUCCGGCUUAACCAAAGGUGAGACUCCAAGGCUGAAGAUGCUUGAGCAAAGUUUGAGACAACAGAGGGCAUUCCAUCAAAUGGGUAUGAUGGAACAGGAAGCUUGGAGACCCCAAAGAGGCCUGCCAGAGCGUUCUGUCAACAUUUUGAGGGCUUGGCUUUUCGAGCAUUUUCUUCAUCCGUACCCAAGCGAUGCAGAUAAGCAUCUGUUGGCUCGGCAGACUGGACUAUCGAGAAAUCAGGUUUCAAAUUGGUUCAUAAAUGCGAGGGUUAGGUUGUGGAAACCCAUGGUGGAAGAGAUGUAUCAGCAGGAGGCCAAAGAAGAAGAUGUGGAGGACAAGAACCAAAAUGCCAAUGACAACAGCAGCAAAAACAACAGCGGCCCUGCACAGACAUCGACGCCUAAUUCAACAGCAGCAGCUGCCACUACGGUAUCAACAGCAACACCAGCAGCAAGCAAGAGAACCGAAAUCAAUGCCACUGAAAAUGACCCUUCAUUCAUUGCAAUCAAUAGACAAUGCUUCUCGGAAAACCAAGCAAAGGAAUCAAGCACCACCGUUAUUACUUCCACCACCACCACUAUUGCCGGUGAUCAGGUGGCGCCACCCAUCCCGCAGCCUUUCACGGCCGCCCAUGCUCAAUCAGACAUGCACCACAGGAUAGCAGUGGUUGACGAAACCUGCCGCGGUGGCAGCAUGACUGCAGCUGCUGCGGAAUAUGGGACCACCACCGGAAACACUGACGUUGGAUCUACUCUCAUACGGUUUGGGACCACGACCGGUGAUGUGUCCCUCACUCUAGGGCUACGCCAUGCUGGAAACAUGCCUGAGAACAGCUCUAAUUCUUUCUCUGUUAGAGACUUUGGGGGCUGUUAAUUAAUUAAAAAUUCUAUAUAGUAUUCUCUGAAAAUAGAAAACGCAAAAUUUC